UCUGUCUCUACCCCACUCUUUAACCUCAGUCGACAGUCUACUCUCUGUCUGAUUGGUCGUUAUGAGUUUGGGGAGCUCAGACAUGGCGAGAGCCGCCCUGGGAACGGCCUUCUCUCUCCUGCUCCUUGCCUCAAUUAUUCAAGGGCUUCAGGAGGUUGAGAGGCUCCAAUAUGAAAGGAUGGAAGCAGUAGUGGGCCAGAACGUUACCUUGCUCUGCACUAUAAAAAAGAGUCCUGAUCUCAAGAUCGUCAGUAUUGAAUGGAGGAAGAACAAACAUGAAAGCACAAAGCUGGCUCUGUACAACCCAGAUAAAGGACUCGUUCUUUUUUGGCCUAACGUCACCAUGCAGGUUGACAACACAUCGAUGUGCUCCUCUCUUCAACUUUACGGGGUGACAACACAGGACAGUGGUAUCUAUGUUUGUGACAUGGCAAGUUUUCCUCUGGGCUCCAUCUGGAGGGAAACAGUGCUAGAGAUCAAAGAUGACAUAAAGUGUGAUGUGGAGAGCGCAGUCGAGGUCCAUUCUGGAGAAAAUGUGACCAUUAAAUGCAGACUGAUCCCUGAUGCAAAGUAUAAGUGGACUAAGAACAAGGCGCUGGUGUCAGACAAUGAAUCUCUGGAGCUCUGGUGUGUGGCUGAUGCUCACACAGGGGUUUAUACACUGACUGUCAGCACAGGAAACCAAAGUCUGCAGAAAGAGUUUAUCAUCACAGUGCUAACAGCAACCACAAGCUUAAAUAUAGAUCUUGUGACAGUGCCACCACAGUCUAACGUAACUGAGGAGGGCCUUUCCACAUCAGCGACCACUGGGCUUUCAACAACUGACACCAAUGUAACUUGGACCAUGAAUAUGAGCACUGAUGUAAAAGAUGAGAAUCCAAACUCCAAAAAUGUCUCAGCUGAAGAGCAUAUGACCUCUUUAACAAAUCCUACACAUGUCAGUGUCACGCUAUCCCCUAUCACACACACUGACCCCUAUCAUUUUAACAACUCCAAUGAUCAGGAGAUACACCCAACUCACGAUUCUAACACGGUCACUCUUUCUGACCAAUCAGUGGCAUUCAAUCUAUCCACAACAUUAAGUUAUGGUAAUAAGGUUUUCAGAUCAACAUAUGAGACGACGAAUGAGUCCAUGGAAGGCAAUCCUGGUGCAUCCCCAACUCUGAGCACUGGAAAUACAACGAUAGUCAUUGAGGAUGAAGGUACUGGUGGGUGCACAGCGUCACUGUUGUUGUCGUUAAUCAUUGUUCCAAUCCUGGUAUUGAUAGCUGCGGCUGGCUUCCUCUACUUGAGACAAAUAAGGAAGAAGAGAAUGGAUCUACCGCCUCCGUUCAAACCUCCUCCUCCUCCAGUCAAGUAUACAGCUGCAAGACACCAUGCGAUUUCAACACAGCAUUCAAGAUGUGACUCUGUGAUGGAACCUAAAGAUAUGAAACAAAUGUGUAUUAAUGUAUAAUGACAAAUAUAUUAUUAAUGGCAGUUGAUGCAUUGCAAGUUCCUGUGGGGAUAUAGUGUGUGCGCUGUAUCCUAUUUUGUUCACAUGCAGAAUUGCAAAGUGUAUCACUUGCAGUUAUGGUCAGUUAAAACUGCAGUUACAACACAGACAAUUGUCCUAAUGUGACUCACUGGAGGGGGUUAUAUGCUUUUGUGUAUAGCAGUGGUGUAAAAACAUCAUCAUGUUUUCUAACCUUUAUAAAUAUAAAUACAAGUUGGUUUAAUUUGACUCUGGGCGGCUGUGGCUUUUUAAAUUAAAAGAUUGUCAGCAGGAAGGCUGUGGCUACGGUGAACGGGUGUGAGUGGUUGGAUAGUGCUGAAGGGCAUCAGUGUAUAAAUGGAUGAAGACAUGAAGUGUUAAAGCACUUUCAGUGGUCGGAAGACUAGAAAGGUACAAGACAAGUACAAGUCUAUUGACCAUUUAAAUUGACCUUGAGCAAUUACACUGAAGGUGCUUGUCUUAUUUACUUUUGUUUGUAUGGUAUUCUUGCAAUAUUAUAUAUUUACAUUGUCUUUUUUAAUAAAGUCCAAGCUACUAUAUCUUAUGCAGCAAUGAAUAAACAUUUUA